AAUCAAGACAAUGCCGACCCAUUCAAAUCAUACCAUAUAACGUUUAAUAAAAAGUGAAAAACAUUCCCGUACCAUUACAGUUUGCAGAUAUUGUGUUUCCCAAGUGCAUGCUACUCCGGCCACAUCCCUAUCCCGAGUUUUAGUUCAACCUGCAGAAUUUUAAGCAAAAUGGCGACAGGGUAAUGGAUGGAGGACGAAAACGAGCAGUAAUCAAAUGUAAUGGCAAACUUACCGAUUACUAUCAAUUUCUGCACUGGAAAGAUGGGAUUUCAGGAGAAGUCCAGGCAGGCCCAAUGCUGUGGAACAGAGUGACUGUUGAGCCAACAUGGCUGACAUAAAGUCUAAAGCAGAAGAGGACAAAGAGGGGGACCCAGCAUCUGACAGGCCUUGGUGUCUGCAAAACCUCCCCUCUCCUACUGUCCAGAGCAAAGCUACAGGUCUCUCUUCAGAUUCUGAGUACAGGCCUUUCAAUGGACCCCAACCAGAACCAGCAUCACCUUCAGGAGAGAUUAUUAAUGGAUCUCCGUCACAUUCCACUCGGGAGGGGCAGCCACAACUACUGGAAGACACUGAUGGUGACUCGACCAGUGGCAGUGGCCCUAACUCACCAGAGGACACACCACAGCUCUCCCCAAAAUUCCCUACAGGUCCUCAAUUAGACAAGAUCAGCUCUGGAAAAGACAGAGUAACAGAGGAGAUCCUUUUCGUUAAAACCAAACCUCCUUAUAUAAAGGCAGAAGAGGCAUCAGCAUCUGAGGCUGCUUCUGAAAGUGAUCAUAGUGAUUUUGAGCUCCCACGCCAGGAAGUGCCACGCAACCGCUCACUUAAUGAACCCACUGGCCAAAACCGGGUGGGUAAGGGGGGAACUGGUGCGAGGUCCUUGUGGGAUUUUGGUUCAGAGUCCUCGGAGAGCUCUUCAGAGGACUGUGAGGAGGACUUAACCUGGGAACCACAGAGUGAAUUCAUGCACUUCCUGAUGAGCAGUCCCAAGAAAACAGAGCCGUCGCCUCCCAGUCAGAGCCGCAGGAAGAGGAAGCUGAACGCCGUGGACAGGGCCGGAGACGGUGGCUUUGUUCCCUUAGCCAAACAGUCCUUGACUUAUGAUUGUUCUGAUGACAAUGACAUGGUCGUUAGCAAAGAACACAAUAUCAGGAGGAAGCCUAAUGCCAAAUCACCUGUGGUCCCCCACUUAGAUUGUAGCGACGGAGCAGAAGACAUGAAAGAGCACUUUAUGAAGAGGAAAUGCCAUGAGGGAACUGACACUGAGAGCGCCAAACCAAAUCAUGUAAGUGCAGAAUUGGUGUCCGACCCCGAUGGUGAGCCUUUGUUCUUCCCCUGUACCAAGUGCAACGUCAACUUCAAGGAGAAGGCUCACUUACACCGGCACAUGCUGCACCACCAGGCACCUCCCAACGUCAACGUGCCACGGCCCUACAUUUGCCGUGAGUGCGGUCGCUCCUUCCGCGACGGUAGCGCCCUGCAAAAGCACAUGGUCAUCCACCAGGCACGGCGUGAGCGGCUGAUGGAGGAGAUAAAAGGCCUGAGUGAGCUCCAGGAUGAGGGCCGUCAGGCCCGGCUGCAGUGCCCGCAGUGUGUCUUUGGCACAGACUGCGCCAAGACCUUCGUGCAGCACGCCAAGACGCACGAGAAGGACAAGCGCUACUACUGCUGCGAGAGCUGCAGCCACAUGGCUGCCACCCCACAGGAGCUGGAGGCGCACAGAUGCACAGCCCACCACACCAACAACGUCUCCACCCACGCAAGGCACCCCGGGGGUCGGGAGGACGUGAAGACGGGGACCAAUCGUAUCACCUUGUUGCACUGUAACAUAUGCCCCUUUAGCACACAGAAUAGAAAUAUCCUUAAAAAGCACACCGAACUUAUUCACCGACAGCCAUAUUUUGGGAAUGAGGAUGAUGAGGAUGAGGGGAAACCAGUUAGUAGAGUUGCUGAGCCGAAUAAGCUGGGCUUGGACCUGCGUAGGUUAACCAGCCAAGCUAAACCCGGCAACUCUCGCCUGUCACAGCUGAAGCCAAAGCUGAACUCGGAGACUCCGGCUGAAAGGAGGGGAGGCGCACCACCCGUUUGGUCCGGCGGCAUCGCUGACCUGUGUGUGCAAAACAGGGUCUCACAAAAAGCCCGGAAAGGUUUCAGCUUGCCGCUGUUCAAAUGGACCUUUGGCGGUUCAACAAACAAGCUGUCAUCAUCUCUCCCGAGACUUGACAAGCCAAGCAAAUUAUCUCCCCCACCGACAGCAAGAAUAGAUGUGACAAGAAGCCUCCUGCAUGAUGAAGAGGGCAAUCAGAAAUGCGCAGGGCUGAGGCCAGAAGACAGGGAGAAAACAAAGCAUACUAGUGACUCCGAAGCGUACUCCGAUGCCAAAACAGACAGGAUCCAUCAAAACCACAAAUGUGACCCCAACAGUGACAUUCCAAGUGGUAGAGAAUUACUAUUCCAACCUGUCCCCCACAGGACACUGUCCAAAAGAAAAAUGUCCAUCCCAUAUCAUAACACACUCAAACCAAAAGCAGAACCAAUAUCACCAGUGCUCACAGAAGACGAAGAAGAAGAAGAUGAUGAUGAUGAAGAAGAUGAUGAAUAUGAUGAUGAAGAGGACUCCCUUGACUUCAGAGAUUACUCGUCCACGUUCCUCGAUAGCAGUGAGAGCCAACGGAACCAUUUUAUGUCUACGAAACCACUCUACCUUCCCAGGUCGCGUUUGCCCAUUCGAAAGGACAUCCUUCAUUCUAACGGCUCAGAGGACGAGGAAGAGAGCGAUUGUGAUGACAUCCAUGACCUGAUCAUCAAGGAGGAAUGUGAGGAGACCGCCGUGAGCCUGGAUGUCCCAUCUGCAGAGUCGAUUCAUGGAUCCUUCUCUGAGCGCCAAGGCCCACCUGCUUUCACCAGCGACAGAAAGUCUUGUCCAUACUGCCCGGCGUUGUUUGAGUCAGGGGUGGGGUUGUCCAAUCACGUACGUGGACAUCUGCACAGGGUCGGGCUGAGCUAUGACGCUCGGCACAUGGUGUCGCCUGAGCAGGUGGCGUCUCAGGACCGGCAGCCACGAAUACGAAGGAAGGCACCAUCCACCAACUCCCGCCGACUCAAGAAAGCAGUGGAUAAGCCAGAGUCUCAGACAGAGCACACGUGCCCUCUUUGCUGGGGCUGGUUUGACACCCGGACAGGCCUGUCCAACCACGUCCGUGGCCACCUGAAGCGCAUCGGCCGAGGCCUGGGCUCCGGAGACCCGGGCUCCAGCACCCGCUCGCCUCUCUGCAUCCUGAACGAGCUCCUCAGGGACAAGACAGAGCACCGCAGCCUGCUGGGCCUGCUGGGCCGCCGGCCCUCCCACACACGGCCCUUCGUCUCGCAGAAGUUCGCCGGCAGCGAUGGCCUCUUCCUCACCCCGACCGGCAUUCCCAUCAAGGUCCAACACUCCAGGGCUCAGGUCGGAGUUGGGGGUGGGGGCGAGUCCAAAAGCCGGCUAUGGUUUGGGGAAGAGAGGACGGAGAGCAAGAGGAGAGAGAAGAAGGUGGAGGAAGAGGAAAUCAGGGUGGAGGAUCACGGGGGUGUAGAUGGAGCCCCGUCCAGCACACUGGUGGAGCUGCUGAGGAGGAGGAAGCAGGAGCAGGAGAUGAGGGAGAGGCACCAGACCCAUGCCAGGCGGCAGCUCCCCAUCAGCCCAGCCAGGGAGAGCGUAGCCAGGCUGGCUGUCCUGAAACCAGACCCAGGCUGGAGCCAAGGGAAGACUGACGUGAAGAAAGUUUGCAUUCACUGCAAUGCGACCUUUCACAGCGCUGUCAGCUUAUCCAAUCACCUUCGAGCGUAUGCUCGACGGAAGAGAGCUGCUCUGUUAGAGGGGACAACCUAUGAUUGCAAACAGAAGAAGCCGAGAUCAAGACCAGGGCCAAAGAAGAAAAUGUUCUCAUUGCCACACUCGCCGGAAGAGAUCUACAGACUCACCUGCAGGUUCUGCGACCUGGUCUUCCAGGGUCCCCUCUCGGUGCAGGAGGACUGGAUCAAGCACCUCCAGCGCCACCUCAUGCACACCAGUGUCCCGCACACAGGCGCCGCCAUGGUGGAGGUGACAGCCGUCUGCAAGGAGCUUCCCCCGCCACCUCCUCCUGAGCGCCUAGUCCUGCCACGCCAGCACACUCCCCUUCAGGUGCCCCCCACAGUCUCCUAAACUGCACCCACCCCCCCACCCCCUGCUUCAGAAUCCCUGCACAUGUAUAUAACUACAUGAUAGAUAUAUAUUAUAUAUGAAAUAUAUAUGAGAGGUAUAUAUACAUAAGAUGGAUAUAUAGAGAGGUAAGAGAUUUUUUUCUUCUUCCUGUAUUGCACAUCUACCUUGUCAGUCCAUCUGUUUUGGUAUGGACAACUCUUCUGGAAGGCUGACACUACCCUCUUCACUUGGGUUGGGAAGGGAGGCAGCACCACUUACUCAGCAAGUUAACUACGACGAGAUUAUUUUCACCAAGUUUAAGUUUGGCUCAAGCUUUGCCAAUCUCUCAGAGUUAAGGGCUGGGUGCAUUCAAAGGUGCCCUCCGUUCGCGAUGCAGAAGUCCUUUAGGUUCAAUAGCCAACCAAAAGCGACAACACAGACCUCAGAAAUUGUGUCAAAAGACCCUGACCGUUAUACACAUGACCUCGCCGGACCUAAAUGAGAAUGGGGUCAUCUAAUUAAGAGAGAUCAAUAUGGCUGACCUCACAGACGCAGUCCCUGCCUAUGCCUGGCAGGCUCAUCGAUGGCAGUCACACUGAUCAAAUGCUGUCUCGUGUCUUUUUACAUUGCCAAGUUUCUCAGCGAUGAAGGCCCUCAAUCUGUACUUGUGCUACAUUUUAUCAUGUUAAUUAAAUGAGUAGGAAUCACUACAGAUCCUACACAUACCAUUCACUGAACAAAUUAACUGUGAACGUGUGGCUAGCUGUUUUUUUUUUUUGUCCAGCCUUCACUGGUGAAAUAGACUCUACAAACCCUCAAUUGUAAUGCAAUACAUUGAAAAAGGUGAAAUCCGGGUUUUCUUGUAUUUAGAAUGUUUAUAACCUAAAUGAAGCACAUUGUAACAUGUAAUGUUGUUUGAUGCUGUAACUCUUCCAAAUAUUGCUUUAACGGAAAAGAAAGCUUUUAUUCUCACUGGAAAAAUGGAUAUUAUUGCUUUAAAAAGAAGAUAAGCUCAUUUCUUAAGAUCAGUUUCAGUGCUGAUCACAUUUUUAUGGUGCUGAUCCAUCAAAGCUGACAUAGCAUUCAGAGGAACACAUUCUUCCUUUUUCUUCCUUUAACAUGAAGAGUAUACAGAGAAUAUGUGAGAAUACUAGAUACCUGUUUCCAAAUAACAACUAAUCUUACAGUGACUGGCCCAUUCUAGAGGACCAUUGGGACGAUCCGUGACUAGAUUUGUCCCGUCUUGACAAUCGCAAUAAAAUUGUCUUGAUUUCAGGCUGGUCUGAAAAAGAUCACCUUCCCAGACUGCCCUGUUGUGUGAUAUCUAGAUAUACAUUCAGAUUGUGGAUGUAUUUAUAUUUACACCGUGAACUCAAGAGUACGGAGUGGGAACAGCGUAACUCUGCGACUGUUACAUGCAAUGUGAUCUGGAUGUCAUGUGUGAAAGACCAAGAGUCAGUGGCAGGUAUCCCUGGCAUCGGCCAUGAGGCUGUAAUCUAAAAUCAUGUUUUCUAAAGAACCUCUGUUUGUGAUGUUGGUAAUCUAACUGUAUGCCUGUACAAUCUGUGUGUUGUUGUAUCUGUAUCUGUUUGGCCAAACUGCUCCUUGACUGAAGGAUGACCAUAGGACAAAGAUAAGUCUGCAAAUGCUCUUCUUGUAUGCAGAGUCCCAUACAAUCAACAUUGGUUAGAAUUUGAAAAAUCAUGUAGCCUGGGCCAGGUCGAAUUGUUAUGCACAGUAAUUUUGUGUUUUACCAUUUUUAGCACUUAAACACACCCAAUAUCUGUGUCUAUUCAGAUAAAGGGGUGGACACCUAGUUUUGCUAGGUUCAACUUUGCGACUCAUCGUGUAAUUUAAGAAAACAUAGAAAACUUCAUGUCCAUAUUUUCUCAAGUGUUUUGUUUGGUGUACAGUACAAUAGUUGUAUCAAACUUAGUGUAAUUAACACACAUGCAGAUUUCCUCAACGUUACUGUCUCACGGAGAGUGUCUCUAAGAUGAGUUGUUAUAAGGAAACAGGACCUAAAUGUGUAACCCUAAUCAUUUUUUAAGGGGGUUUAUUUUGACCGCGCCAUUUGCAUUGUAUCUGUUUGGCUUUCUGUGAUAAAUACAGCAGUCACUCGCAGAAAUAAAAUCUUAAGGUUUAUUCAGA